AUGGCGGAAUCAAAUGGCGCCCCGAACGGCAACGGCAGGACGGUGCCUGUCACCCAUACCAAUGGCAGCGUCACCUACGCCGAGAAGCACAAGAUCGCGGACCACUUCAUUGGAGGCAACCGGCUGGCGAAUGCCCCCGCCAGCAAGGUCAAGGACUUUGUGGCCGAGCAUGACGGCCACACUGUCAUUACAAACGUUCUGAUUGCCAACAACGGUAUCGCCGCCGUCAAGGAGAUUCGGUCAGUCCGAAAAUGGGCCUACGAGACGUUUGGCGACGAGAGGGCCAUCCACUUCACCGUCAUGGCCACGCCCGAAGAUUUACAGGCCAACGCCGACUACAUUCGAAUGGCUGACCACUACGUCGAAGUUCCCGGCGGCACAAACAACCACAACUAUGCCAACGUCGAGCUGAUUGUCGACAUUGCCGAGCGCAUGGACGUCCAUGCCGUCUGGGCUGGCUGGGGUCACGCCUCCGAAAACCCAAAACUCCCAGAGUCCCUCGCCGCAUCACCCAAAAAGAUCGUCUUCAUUGGUCCUCCCGGAUCUGCCAUGCGAUCCCUUGGUGACAAGAUUUCCUCCACAAUCGUUGCCCAGCACGCCAAGGUGCCCUGUAUCCCUUGGUCUGGAACUGGCGUCGACAAGGUCGAGAUCGACGACAAGGGCAUUGUCACAGUCGCCGACGACAUCUACUCCAAGGGCUGCGUUACCUCAUGGCAGGAGGGUCUGGUCAAGGCCAAGGAGAUUGGCUUCCCCGUCAUGGUCAAAGCCUCCGAGGGUGGAGGUGGCAAGGGUAUUCGAAAGGUCACCAACGAGGAGGAGUUUGAGGCUCUCUACAAGGCUGCCGCCAGCGAGAUUCCCGGUUCGCCCAUCUUCAUCAUGAAGCUGGCUGGAAACGCCAGACAUCUCGAGGUCCAGCUGCUUGCGGAUCAGUACGGCAACAACAUUUCCCUGUUUGGCCGUGAUUGUUCCGUUCAGCGUCGUCACCAGAAGAUUAUCGAGGAGGCUCCCGUCACCAUUGCCAAGGCCGACACCUUCAAGGCCAUGGAGGAGGCCGCAGUCCGACUGGGUCAGCUUGUCGGCUACGUCUCUGCCGGUACCGUCGAGUACCUGUACUCACACGCCGACGACAAGUUCUACUUCCUCGAGCUGAACCCCCGUCUCCAGGUCGAGCAUCCCACCACCGAAAUGGUCAGCGGUGUCAACCUGCCCGCCGCACAGCUUCAGAUUGCCAUGGGUAUCCCCCUGCACAGAAUCCGCGACAUCAGAUUGCUGUAUGGUGUCGAUCCCCGAACCUCCAGCGCCAUCGACUUCGACUUCAAGCUCGAGGGUGCUUCUGGAUCUCAGCGACGACCCCAGCCCAAGGGCCACUGCACGGCCUGCCGUAUCACCUCUGAGGACCCCGGUGAGGGCUUCAAGCCUUCCAACGGUGUUAUGCACGAGCUCAACUUCCGAAGUAGCUCAAACGCCUGGGGUUACUUCUCCGUCGGUACCCAGGGUGGAAUUCACAGUUUCUCCGACAGUCAGUUCGGUCACAUUUUCGCCUAUGGCGAGAACCGACAGGCCUCGCGGAAGCACAUGGUCAUUGCUCUCAAGGAGCUGAGCAUUCGUGGUGAUUUCAGAACCACCGUCGAGUACCUCAUCAAGCUGCUCGAGACCGAGGCCUUUGAGGAAAACACCAUCUCUACCGGUUGGCUGGACGAGCUCAUCUCCAAGCGUCUUACCGCUGAGCGACCGGACACUAUGCUGGCCGUCGUGUGCGGUGCCAUCACCAAAGCCCACAUUACGAGCGAGGCUCUGCUGGCCGAGUACCGCGCUGGUCUGGAAAAGGGUCAGGUGCCCUCCAAGGAGAUUCUCAAGACCGUCUUCACCAUCGACUUCAUCUACGAGGGUUUCCGAUACAAGUUCACCGCUACCCGUGCCAGUCUCGACACCUACCACCUCUUCAUCAACGGCUCCAAGUGCUCCGUCGGCGUCCGUGCCCUCAGCGACGGCGGUCUCCUCAUUCUCCUCGACGGCCACAGCCACAACGUCUACUGGAAGGAAGAGGUUGGCGCUACUCGUCUCUCCGUCGACAGCAAGACUUGUCUGCUCGAGCAGGAGAACGAUCCUACCCAGCUGCGAACCCCCAGUCCCGGUAAGCUCGUCAAGUAUUCCGUCGAGAAUGGUGCCCACAUCAAGGCUGGCCAGACCUUUGCCGAAGUCGAGGUCAUGAAGAUGUACAUGCCUCUCGUUGCCCAGGAGGACGGUAUUGUCCAGCUCAUCAAGCAGCCCGGAGCCACCCUCGAGGCCGGAGACAUUCUCGGUAUCCUCGCUCUGGACGACCCCAGCCGAGUCAAGCAGGCCCAGGCCUUUGUUGGCCAGCUUCCUGCCUAUGGCGACCCGGUUGUCGUCGGUACCAAGCCCGCUCAGCGCUUCGUUCUCUACCACAACGUGCUGCUCAACAUCCUGAACGGUUUCGACAACUCCGUCAUCAUGGCCGAUACCCUCAAGAAGCUCAUCGAGGUGCUGCGCGAUCCUGAACUGCCUUUCAGCGAAUGGAAUGCCCAGUUUGCUGCUCUGCACGCUCGCAUGCCCCAGAAGCUCGACAGCCAGUUCACCCAGAUUGUCGAUCGUGCCAGAGGCCGUUCUGGAGAGUUCCCCGCCAAGGCCCUUAGCAAGGCUUUCAGCAAGUUCCUCGAGGACAAUGUUGAGGAAGGCGAUGCUGGCCUCCUCAAGGCUACUCUCGCGCCUCUUACCCAGGUGCUUGAUGAUUACUCCGAGGGACAAAAGGUUCGAGAGCUCAGCGUUAUCAACGCUCUGCUUGAGACCUACUGGGAGGUUGAGAAGCUAUUCCAGAGCCGUGCUCAGGAAGAUGCCGUCAUUCUGAAGCUCCGAGACCAGAACAAGGACAGCCUGGCCAAGGUUGUGCAGACUGUUCUCUCGCACAGCCGCAUGAGCUCAAAGAACUCUCUCAUCAUUGCUAUUCUUGACGAGUAUCGCCCCAACAAGCCCAACGUUGGAAACAUCAGCAAGUAUCUGCGUGAGUCUCUUCGCAAGCUGACUGAGCUGUCCUCCCGAGCCACCUCCAAGGUCUCGCUGAAGGCCCGUGAGAUUAUGAUCCAGUGUUCCCUGCCUUCUCUUGAGGAGCGUACCUCUCAGAUGGAGCACAUCCUGCGAUCAUCUGUUGUCGAGUCUCGCUAUGGUGAGAGCGGCUGGGACCACCGUGAGCCCAGCUUCGAUGUGAUCAAGGAGGUCGUCGAUUCCAAGUACACCGUCUUUGACGUCUUGACUUCCUUCUUCGCUCACGACGAUCCUUGGGUCUCAUUGGCAUCUCUUGAAGUCUACGUCCGCCGUGCUUACCGUGCGUAUAUCCUUCAGCAGAUUGAGUACCACAACGACGAGGCCGAGAACCCUCUCUUCGUCUCUUGGGACUUCCAGCUGCGAAAGCUUGGACAAACCGAGUUUGGUGUUCCUGUUCAAUCCGCCGCUCCUUCCAUGCCUGGCACUCCUAGCGAAGUUGAGCCCAAGUUCAACCGCAUUAACUCCAUCAGCGACAUGUCCUAUCUCACCAGCAAGUGGGACAGUGGCCCGUCUCGCAAGGGUGUCAUUGUUCCUGUCAAGUACAUUGACGACGCCGAGGAGCUGCUCCAGAAGGCUUUGGAGACAUUGACCUUCUACAACCAGCAGAAGCGACAGAGCAGCACAUCCAGCCUUCUUGCCGAUCUCAGCGGAAAGCGAAAGCCUUUUGCUGCUCUUAAGAAGGAGUUCCAGAGCCGCAACAAUGGUGAUGAGCUGUCUGCUGUCAUCAACGUGGCUGUUCGUGACGCCGAGAGCAAGGAUGACGCCGAGACUCUCGCUCGUAUCCUGCCCAUCGUCCAGGGCCUCAAGAGUGAGCUCUUGGUCCGCGGUGUCCGCCGUCUCACCUUCAUCUGCGGUCGCAGCGACUGCUCUUACCCCGGUUACUACACCUUCCGAGGCCCCGACUACGAGGAAGACGACAGCAUCCGUCACAGCGAGCCCGCCCUGUCCUUCCAGCUUGAGCUUGCCCGUCUCGCCAACUUCCGCAUCAAGCCCAUGUUCACCGAGAACAAGAACAUUCACGUGUACGAGGCUGUUGGAAAGACUGUCGACUCUGAUAAGCGCUACUUCACCCGUGCUGUGAUUCGACCUGGCCGUCUCCGUGAUGAGAUCCCCACUGCCGAGUACCUCAUCUCAGAGGCCGACCGUGUCAUUAACGACAUUUUCGAUGCUCUUGAGAUUAUUGGCAACAACAACUCCGAUCUCAACCACAUCUUCAUGAACUUCACCCCCGUCUUCCCGCUCGACCCCGCUACCGUCGAACAAUCCCUCCAGGGCUUCUUGGAUCGUUUCGGUGCUCGUGCCUGGAGACUGCGUGUUGCCCAGGUCGAGAUUCGCAUUGUUUGCACUGACCCCAAGUCUGGUAUCCCUUACCCUCUUCGCGUCACCAUCACCAACACGUCCGGUUAUGUCGUUGACGUCGACCUGUACGCUGAGCGCAAGUCUGACAAGGGCGACUGGGUCUUCCACAGCAUUGGCGGAACCAAGGACAAGGGCCCCAUGCACUUGCUCUCCGUCUCCACGCCUUAUGCCACCAAGAACUGGCUCCAGCCUAAGCGAUACAAGGCUCACUUGAUGGGUACCCAGUACGUGUACGACUUCCCCGAGUUGUUCCGCCAGGCCAUCCAGAACAGCUGGGUCAAGGCUGUUAAGAAGCAGCCUGCUCUGGCCUCUCAGCAGCCCAAGGUCGGUGAUUGUAUUACCUUCACCGAGCUCGUGGUUGACGACAAGGACAACCUCGACGAGGUCAACCGCGAACCUGGCACCAACACUUGCGGUAUGGUUGGAUGGAUCAUCAAGGCUAGAACUCCCGAGUACCCCACCGGCCGUCGCUUCAUUGUUGUCGCCAACGACAUCACCUACAAGAUUGGUUCGUUCGGCCCCAAGGAAGAUGACUUCUUCCACAAGUGCACACAGCUGGCUCGCAAGCUCGGAAUUCCUCGCAUCUACCUGUCUGCCAACUCUGGUGCCCGCCUGGGUCUCGCAGACGAGCUGAUGCCUCACUUCAAGGUCGCAUGGAACGAUGCUACCAAGCACGAGGGAGGAUUCCGCUACCUGUACUUGGAUGAGAAGAUUAAGCAGCUCUACAAGGACGAGGUCAUCACUGAGGAAGUGGUCGAGAAUGGUGAGAAGCGACACAAGAUUAUCACCAUCAUUGGCCGCGAGGAUGGUCUUGGUGUUGAGUGCUUGAGAGGAUCCGGUCUUAUUGCCGGUGCCACCAGCCAGGCCUACAACGACAUCUUUACCAUUACCUUGGUUACCUGCCGUUCAGUCGGUAUCGGUGCUUACCUUGUCCGUCUUGGCCAGCGUGCUGUCCAGAUUGAGGGCCAGCCCAUCAUCCUUACUGGUGCUCCCGCUCUGAACAACCUGCUUGGUCGUGAGGUUUACUCAUCCAACCUCCAGCUUGGUGGCACUCAGAUCAUGUACCGCAACGGUGUCUCACACAUGACUGCCAACGAUGACUUUGAGGGUGUCUCCAAGAUUGUUGAGUGGAUGGCAUUUGUGCCUGAGAAGCGUGGCGGCCCUGUUCCCGUCAUCCCAAGCAUUGACGGCUGGGAUCGUGACAUUUCUUACCACCCUCCCCAGAAGCAGCCUUAUGAUGUUCGGUGGAUGAUUGGCGGUAAGCAGGAAGACGACGGUUCUUUCCAGAGCGGUCUCUUCGACAAGGACUCCUUUGUUGAGGCCCUUGGCGGCUGGGCCCGAACCGUCGUUGUCGGUCGCGCUCGUCUUGGCGGUAUUCCCAUGGGUGUUAUCGCUGUCGAGACUCGCAGCGUUGAGAACAUUACGCCUGCUGAUCCCGCCAACCCCGAUUCUAUCGAGCAGAUCACCAACGAAGCUGGUGGUGUCUGGUACCCCAACUCUGCUUUCAAGACUGCCCAGGCUAUCAACGACUUCAACAACGGCGAACAGCUUCCUCUCAUGAUCCUGGCCAACUGGCGUGGUUUCUCCGGUGGUCAGCGAGACAUGUACAACGAGGUGCUCAAGUAUGGUUCAUUCAUUGUUGAUGCCCUGGUCAAGUACGAGCAGCCCAUCUUUGUGUACAUUCCUCCCUUUGGUGAGCUCCGUGGUGGCUCAUGGGUCGUUGUUGACCCUACUAUCAACCCUACUGCCAUGGAGAUGUACGCUGAUAACGAGGCUCGCGGUGGUGUCCUUGAGCCCGAUGGUAUGAUUGGUAUCAAGUACCGCAAGGACAAGCAGCUGGAGACCAUGGCUCGUCUGGAUCCUACCUACGCCGAGCUCAGGAAGAAGCUGGAGGACAAGGCUCUCCCCGCCGAUGAGGCCGAGAAGAUUAAGCAGCAGCUUACCAUUCGUGAGAAGCAGCUGCUGCCCAUCUACUCACAGAUUGCUGUGCAGUUCGCUGAUCUGCACGACCGUGCUGGCCGCAUGAAGGCCAAGGGUGUCGUUCGUGACUCUCUGGACUGGAGCAACGCCCGCCGAUACUUCUACUGGCGUCUGCGCAGACGUCUCAACGAGGAGUACAUCCUCAAGCGCAUGAACACCAGCUUCCUGCCCACUCCUCAGCUCAACACUGCCAAGGCCAACGAGGCUCGCUCAAAGGGCCUGGGCCUGCUCGAGAGCUGGUCUGGCAUUGUCGGCUGGGACCGCAAGGACCAGGAGGUUGCUGAGUGGUACGAGAAGGAGACUCAGUCCAUUGGCCAGAAGGUCGAGGCCCUCAAGGCCGACAAGCUUGCUGCUGAGCUGUCCGAGGUUGUUCGCAGCAAUGAGAAGGCUGGCUGGAAGGGUGUUCGCGAGGUUCUGCGGGUUAUGCCCGUGGAGGAGCGGGAGGCUAUCCUUAAGUACUUGAAGGAGUAA